GCGGCCUCAGUCGACUGCCGGCUGUCGCGCGUGCGGUAGGGAGGUCCGCGGUCCGUGCAGAGAGGCAGGCGCUGCAGGCGUGGGCACCGCGCACGCUCGGAGAGAGGCCUCGCGGAGAGCUGCGCCGGGAAGAGUGUGGCCUUGCGUCGCGUGGAGGCAGGUGUGGUGGGCCAGCACUGUCACGUGAUCGAGGAGUCGGGCGCGCGGGGCACCCGGAGGGGGCGGGGCCCCGCGGGCCACACCUCCUUCGGUCUCGAGGGCGGGGACGUAGCCAAAGAGACCUGUUCUUCUAGGGUCUGAGCUGGGGAGGGCUCGGGAAGGGUGUCGGGCACCCCUCAAAUUAGGGGAAGAAUGGGGGAACACCCACCCUCAUACCACCAGGGCAAUAAGAAAGAGGGUGGCGCUCCUGGGAACCAAGGCACUGGAGGAGACGGAGGCGUUCAGAUAUCCAGGGGGCAGCCCUAGAUCCGAGCUUGAAAGGAUGGGGGCAGGCAGAUGAGCUCACGGGGCCUUGGGCUCCAGUCCUGGCUCGACCUCCGAUUGCGGUGAGCGCCCAGGCGAGCCCCUGCCCCUCGCCUCGAGGGGCCAUCCGGGGUGCAAGACCUCACAACCGCGGGCUGCCACAGGAUGGGCCUCUGGGCCACGGCCCGGCUGUGCGGCCCGCCGGGGCUGCUCCUGACCUUGGCCCUACACCUGGCUCUGUACCUGCACUCGGCCCAGACCUCGGUACCCCCACCCCGGGACUACUGCGUCCUGGGUGCCGGGCCCGCGGGCCUGCAGAUGGCCUACUUCCUGCAGCGGGCCGGGCGGGACUAUGCGGUGUUCGAACGCAACCCGCAGCCCGGCAGCUUCUUCACGCGCUACCCGCGCCACCGCCAGCUCAUCAGCAUCAACAAGAGGCACACGGGCAAGGCCAAUGCGGAGUUCAACUUGCGCCACGACUGGAACUCUCUGCUCAGCCACGACCCCCGGCUGCUCUUCAGACACUACUCCCGCGCCUACUUCCCCGACGCGGGAGACAUGGUGCGCUACCUGGGCGACUUUGCCCAGCGCCUGAGGCUCCACGUGCUGUACAACACGACCAUUACUCACGUCACUCUGCACAAGGCCCGGCAGGCCUGGAACGGCCAUUACUUCAUCCUGACCGACCAGAUGGGUCACACACACGAGUGCAGCGUGCUUCUCGUGGCCACCGGUUUGUCGGUCCCCAACCAGGUUGACUUCCCAGGCUCUGAGUACGUGGAGGGAUACGAGUCUGUGUCCGUGGACCCCGAGGACUUCGAGGGUCAGAAUGUACUGAUCCUGGGGCGCGGGAACUCUGCCUUUGAGACGGCGGAGAACAUCUUGGGUGUCACCAACUUCAUCCACAUGCUGAGCCGCUCCCGGGUCCGGCUGUCGUGGGCCACCCACUACGUGGGAGACCUCAGGGCCAUCAACAAUGGGCUGCUGGACACCUACCAGCUGAAGUCCUUGGACGGGUUGCUCGAGUCCGACCUGACGGAUCUGGCCAUCGUGAAGGACCGCGAGGGCAAGUUCCACGUCACCCUGAACUUCUUCCUGGAGGCAGGCAACCAGAGUGCCGACGCCGUCACUCUCCCCCAGGACGACAACGACAACUUUGCCAUGCGCGUGGCCUAUGACCGGGUCAUCCGCUGCCUUGGCUGGAACUUCGACUUCUCUAUUUUCAACAAGUCCCUCAGACUGUCUUCCGGGGGCGAGUUCAGCAAGAAGUACCCGCUGAUCAAAGCCAGCUAUGAGUCCAAAGGAAGCCGGGGUCUCUUUGUGCUGGGCACCGCCAGCCACUCCGUGGAUUACCGCAAGUCUGCGGGGGGCUUCAUCCACGGUUUCCGCUACACGGUGCGGGCUGUUCAUCGCCUGCUGGAGCAUCGCUACCACGGUGUCGCCUGGCCCUCCACCGAGCUCCCCACCUCACAGCUGACCAGCGCCAUCGUCCGGCGUGUGAACGAGGCUUCUGGGCUCUACCAGAUGUUCAGUGUGCUGGCUGACGUCGUCCUGCUGAAGGAGAACGCCACAGCAUUUGAGUACCUGGAGGAGUUCCCCGUGCAGAUGCUGGCCCAGCUGGAGACCAUCACGGGAAGGAAGGCCAGGCACGGGCUGUUCGUCAUCAACAUGGAGUAUGGCAGAAACUUCUCUGGGCCCGACAAGGACGUCUUCUUUUAUGACCGGUCUGUGGGGCACACGGAAGACGCCUGGCAGUCUAACUUCCUCCAUCCUGUCAUCUACUACUACAGGCAUCUUCCCACCGAGCAGGAGGUGAGGUUCCGCCCUGCCGGCUGGGCCCUGCCUCGGCCCACGGCCAUCCACCACAUCGUGGAAGAUUUCUUGACCGACUGGACCGCCCCGGUGGGGCAUAUCCUGCCUCUGAGGCGCUUCCUGGAGAACUGUUUGGACACCGAUUUGCGAAGCUUCUAUGCAGAAUCCUGCUUCCUGUUUGCGCUAACACACCAGAAGCUGCCGCCCUUCUGCCAGCAGGGGUACCUGAGAGCACAGGGGCUCGUGGGGACCGAGAGCCUCCGGCGGCACGGGGUAGAGAGCGGGCUCCUGCGGGACUACACCACGGCGGAUAGGCGCCAUGAGGACGGGGCCCGCAGGCCACUGGGUAGCUCCCGGGCCCCGGGGCCCCCAGUCCGGCCCCUCAAGAGCAACAAGGAGGAGCUGUGACUACCAGGAGGCUCCCAGCCAGGCCCCCAGCUGGCCCCUCCGUCUCACUGACACAUGGUUGCCAGAGACACUCAGACUGUCACGGUGACCAAGGCCACUGUGAGGGGUGGCCAUGCGGUGGUCUCCCCUCCAGUCUGGUCCUUGGGCGCCUGGGAGAUGAGGUCCUGAGAAAGCCACCCUUGGCCAGGUGGGAGCCGCCUUCCACAGCCAGGCUUGUCUGCAAGUGAACUGCCACUGGGCACGAGGCUGGCUCGGUUCUGUCCCCAUAAGUGCCCAGCGGUCCCAUUUCCUUCUGGUCCACUCAUCAGGUGAACUGGGAUCCCACCCGCCUGCGGACUGUGUCCCCAGUUGAGCUGUCCUCAUCUUCAGAAGGGUUCGAGGCAGGCACUUCAAACCGAAGCUCUAACAUCCUCAGCCAUCUGGGGCAGGUGGGACUGUCACCCCUGAUGAAGCGAUCAGAUUAGAGAAGUUAGGUGACUCCCAGGGUCCCACCAGGCAUCCCUGUCUGGGUCCCCUGAGGUCUGUGCCACCCUGCCCGCCUCACCGCUCUGCCUCGCCCUGCCCCCAUCCAUGUUUCCAGAACCCGGGGCAGGGGCCAGCCCAGCUUAUCAUCAUAGGCCCGCUGUCACCAGGCAGAGACGGGACAGCUCCUGCAGAGCCACCCUAUCUCACCGGGCUUCUGCCGGAGCAGCAGGACUCAGAGCGGCGCCU